AUGAGUUUAAUAAUUAGAUAUCCAUAUAAAGGGAUUAUAAAGGAAUGCUUCAUGGGUUUUAUUAACUGCCAUGAUAUUUAUGAUGCCACUGCAACUGACGAUGAUACAAUUGAACAGGUUGAGGGGAAUCCAGAGACAUUUGAACCAAAGCUCACUGGUGAUAUAUUGGGAGAAGUUGUGGUAAAUAUGUUGAAGAGUUUGACAUUAAAUUUAAAAAACUGUGUUGGAAUAGGCACUGAUGGAUGUGCAGUUAUGGUGUCUAUUGCAAGAGGUGCUGUCAAAAAAGUCCAAUCGCAUGCAACAAAUACUUUACAUUGCCCAUGUUCAAACCAUGCAUUAAACCUAUCAAUAUCUAAAUCAUCUAAUGUACAAGUAAUCCGUAAUACCAUAGGGAUAGUCACAGAUGUAAUUUCUUUUUUUAAUUUGUCGUUUAAACGCAAUUUUGUCUUAAAAAAAGUUUUAAAUCACAAACCACAUCUAAAAAGUUUGUGUGAGACAAGAUGGGUAGAACGCCAUGAUUGUAUCAUGAUUUUCAAAUCUUCUUUGUCUGAUAUUGUAGAAUCUUUAUCAUUAAUUUCGAAUUGGCAAGAACAAAUUUCUUCAUCAAAAGCAAAAAUAUUAUUGUUGGCACUUUGUACAUGUGAAUUUAUUAAUGGACUGCAGUGUCUAUCAAGUGUAUUGUGCGUGACAUCUAAGAUCAGUAAACUACUACAAGCAGAAUGGCAAGAUGUAUGUCAAACUAAAGAAAUUAUAACUGAUGUUAUUAAUAAUCUUGAAGAAAAGAGAAAAAACUCUAUUGAAAAUUUCCAUGAACUCUAUAUUGAAACAAAAGAAAUUAUGUUGAACUUAGAAGUCGAAGAAAAACUGCCUCGUUUAAUUGGUCGUCAAACUAAAAGACCUAACUAUCCUGUUUCAUCAGUUGAAGAGUAUUACAGAGUGGCAGUAUAUAUUUCUCUGGUAGAAAAUAUAUUAAAUUAUAUGAAGGAAAGAUUUAAUAAUGAAAAAAAUCAAACUUUUUUAUUUUUAUCUCAACUUACUCCUAAAAACAUUAUUAAAACUAACAAUGAUGAUAUUGUUAAAGUAGUUGAUGUCAUUAAAAAAUAUUAUACAUUUGAAGAUAUGGAUUUUAUUGAUUUGGAAGAAAUGAACCUUAAAACUGAAAUUAACUUAUGGAAAUCUAAGUGGAUAAGAAUAAAAGAUGAAGGUGGACAUGUCAACCUAGAUGUCAUCACUUCUGCGGAAACUUGUAAUGAGAUACUUUAUCCAACUGUAAAGAAGUUGCUUUUUAUUUUAGCAUGCUUGCCUGUUAGUGUUGCCUCAGCUGAAAGAUCAUUUUCUACUCUUAGAAGAUUAAAAACAUGGCUUAGAUCAACAAUGGGGCAAAAUAGAUUAAGCGGAUUGGCUUUAUUGCAUGUGCACAGAUCAAUAAGUAUAAAUAUUGACAAAAUUAUUGAUAAAUUUUCACAAAUGAAAAAAAGAAAUAUUGAUUUUAUAAUUUAA